AACCUAGGGAGGGGGAAACAGGGGACACCACCUGCCAGACACCCUCUGGGAGCCUGGCCCUCCCAAGCAUGAACCAUUUCACCUGGGCUCCCCCAAUCCCAGUGUGCUCUUAGGUCUGCCUGUGUGGAGUGGGGUCCUGGAGACCUUCCUGGAGUUUAUCCAGCAACCAUCAUGCAAGGUGGUGCUGGGGACCCUCCUACUCCUAGGAGGUGGAAGCUUCAUGCUGUGGGCUCAUAGGAAGAGGAGAAAGAAGACAGUCCCUGGGUCUGCACGGGAGGAGCAGGAGCUGCCAGAGUGCCACAGAACAAAGAAUGAGAACUGGAUCAAAUCCCACUUCAGCCGCCUCUCGGAAGAGAAGCUGGCCACCUGCAGCAACAUGGCCACAGCCCCCAGCAGCAGCAGCACUGGCCCCCAGCUGGAGGGUGGCAGUGGAGAGGCCAACACCACCAUCCGCGUGGAGACCUUCACUUCCAAGCAAGGGAGCUCCACUCUUCACCGUGAGUCCUUCACCAGCAAGCAGAGGAUGUCAGGGACCUCCAUGAUCAAAGAGACCCACAAGGAGACUGGAAAAUCCUCCUCCACGGACGAAGCCACGUGGGCCGCCGUGUCCGCCUGCACCAAGGACAUUGACACCUUGGGGCGGCAGCUGGCCAGCUCCAUGCUGCAGCGCGCCUCCGCUUACCAGCACACAGGCCACCUGGAGACCAAGGACAUCAACCAGGAUGAGCUGAAGGCUCUUGAGGAGGUGGAGUUGAAGCUGAAAGGGAAUUUCCUUACCCAGAGGGAAACGACCGUAGCGGGUAUGAACCACUCCCACACCCUCCACGGCCACAGUCACCACAGCCACCAGAAUCAUCCAGGCCACCCCAGCCACCACAGCCACAGCCUGCCCAACCGCAGCCACCAGAACUAUGGCCCCUUUGAGUCCACCUAGCCAUCGACGGGACGCCCCUUCCCCCAGCAGGGCUGGCACACAUAUGCAGGCCUGUUUUCUCUCCUGUGGGGAAGCCCACAUGGCCCAGAGUGAGGUGCCGUUCAAAUCCCUUCUUACUCAGGCCCCCACAGGGGUCCUGGCACCUUUAACUCCAUGAGAGGUGUCUGCCACCGAGGAUGGUCCCUGCUGGAGGGAAAGCUGGGAGGAAGCCAAGCAGCUGAGGCAGACAGAGGCCCCUGGAGACCCACGGAGAGGACAGUUGAGGCAGAUCCAGGACCAGCGGAGAGCCCCACACUGAAGCCUAGUGCCUGGAACUAAGCCAAUAAAGCCUUGUACACCCUCCCUCUGUGUUGGAGUGG